AUGGCUGUGCGAUCCAGGACGGGAUUCUACCGGCAGGAGGUAAACAGAACUGUGUGGGAGGUUCUGGAGAGGUACCAGGACUUGAAGCAGGUUGGGACAGGGGCCUAUGGGACAGUGUGUUCAGCAUGGGACUGCCGGACAGGGACUCAGAUGGCCAUCAAAAAACUCCACCGGCCAUCCCAGUCCAAACUUUUUGCAAAAAGGGCGUACAGAGAACUGCGACUCCUCAAACACAUGAAGCAUGAAAAUGUGAUUGGACUGCUAAAUGUUUUCACUGCUGAAAUUUCAUUGGACCGGUUUCGUGACAUUUACCUGGUGAUGCCGUUCAUGGGCACUGACCUCGGCAAGCUGAUGAAGCUGGAGAGAUUAUCAGAGGACAGAGUGCAAUUCCUCGUCUAUCAGAUGCUGAAAGGACUUAAGUAUAUCCACUCUGCAGGGAUCAUCCACAGGGACCAUAAACCUGGAAAUUUAGUCAUUAACCAGGACUGUGAGUUAAAGAUUCUUGACUUUGGCCUGGCGAGGCAGGCAGACACAGAAAUGAUGGGCUACGUUGUGACACGGUGGUACAGAGCACCUGAGGUUAUCCUCAACUGGAUGCACUACACACAAACUGUGGAUAUCUGGUCUGCAGGUUGUAUCACGGCAGAGAUGCUGCUGGGAAAGCCGCUGUUUAAGGGAAACGAUCACCUGGACCAACUCAGAGAAAUCAUGAAGAUUACAGGAACCCCAACUACUGACUUUGUUGUGAAACUACAGAGCCAAGAUGCCAAAAACUACAUCAGAAGUCUACCAAAAGUGCCAAAAAAAGAUUUGCACUCUGUUUUCUCCAAAGCUAGCUCAAAUGCAGUGUGUGUACUUGAAAAGAUGCUGCUUCUGGACCCUGAGCGGAGAGUCGGUGCCUCGGAGGCACUGGACCUGCCUUUCUUUAGUGAGUUCAGAGAUGCAGAGGAGGAGACUGAGGCGCUACCGUAUGAGCAGACCAUGGAUGACACAGACCUUCCGCUGGACCAGCAGAAACGUCACACUUUCACAGAGAUACUCACCUUCAGGCCACCCAGGGACUCAAAGGAGACGUCACUUUAA